AUGUCUAACAGCCCGCAGAUACUGGGGCAGGUUAACAGGGGCAGGUCCCUACAGCCCUCCAGAGCAAACGUCCCGGCAGGCUCACCCACCGUGGCCAUCGAACAACCCAAACUAUCCUUCCCCGACCGACUUUUAUUUGGUAAAUACGGCUCGAUUCUUAAGAGCAACAAAGCCACCAAGGUCAAGGUAGACAACAAGACAAGCGUUAGCAGUGAUGGCAUCACCAUGCUUGAAAUGGUGGGAUCCAGCGACAACAAUGCGGGGGCUGUUAACUGGGAUGACGUCAUUACUGCCGACAGGCUCGCUGAGAAGCUGGCUGAAGAGGAGGAGACGAAAGAGGAAGCUUAUAUUAAAAAACUAAUGGCUGAAGAUGCGCCGCUCAAACCUGCCAUAAAGCGCCGCAACAGAGACUGUCAGCGAGAUUCACGCCUCAAGAAGUUCCAUAAGGAACGACAAGACAGGGAUAUUUAUUCAAAUGACUUCUUCCUACCAAGCUCGCUACCAGAAGGGCAGGGCUAUUCUCAACCAGAAGCCUAUGGUUCCCUCCCGCCUCACCGUAAUACAUACAUAUUACUGGAUUGCAGACUUCGGAGCACCCACUACACAAUUUCACAAGACCACACUUCCGGGCAAGAGGCUCAUGAGGAUAACCUCCUAGCCAGCUUUGGGAAACGACGUCGGACAGACAAGCCUUCUAUACGUCUAGGCGGGAGCAGAUUAUUGCAGCGCUCGCCGAAUUUCUUGCCAAGCUUGGCAAACGGUAGUGACGUAGUAGCUCAAGAUGAAGGGUCUCACAUGCAGGAAUUUUCAACAGCCGACUUUGAUUACUUGGACUUAAUGGCGCCGCUUGGAUCACAGAUGCGAAAAGAUGCAGUAUCCUUCCCCCAAGAAACCGCUACAACUAAGCCCAACGAGGGGAAAGACAGAGGGGAUCAGAUCGAGUUUGAGUGGGCUCGCAAGAGAGAACGGCGUCGUCCAGUACAAUCACGUCCAGGGAAUCUUGGGCAUGGCAGCCAGCAUUCCAUCCUUGUCGGCACGUCUUGGGUCAGCAAGAGUGGCGAUAGAUCCCCAGUGACCUUGAGGCGUCGAUGUCAUAGCUGUAAUCGAAUUGUCAGCAGUGAAUGGCGACAUGGGCCUGACGGAGCUGAAACACUUUGUAAUGCUUGCGGGUUGCAUUAUGCUAAAUUGGAGAGAAGGCGUAAUUAA